GCAGAGUACAUGGGGUAACAGGGAGCGGAUCGCAGCGCUAUGCUCACCGCAGCCAGGCUGAUCUCGGCUCUCCUCUACUUGUCCGGGCUCAUCUGGGGCAAUGAUGAUUCCGACUGGGUGAAACUCCCCGAUAAAUGCGAAGUUUGCAAGUAUCUUGCUGUGGAAUUGAAAUCGGCUUUUGAUGAAUCGGGAAAAAAGAAUGAGGUGAUUAAUACCAAGUACAGCUUUAUGGAAGGAAAGGGUACGAGGAUCAAAUACAGGCACUCUGAUAUUCGAUUGAUCGAAGUCACUGAAAAUAUUUGCAAUCGGCUGCUGGAAUACAACCUCCACAAAGAGCGGGUGGGGAGUAACCGCUUUGCUAAGGGAAUGAGCGAGACAUUCCAAACUCUGCAUGGCCUUGUGCACAAAGGUGUCAAGGUGGUGAUGGAUAUCCCCUACGAGUUGUGGAAUGAGACGUCCGCCGAGGUCUCAGAUAUGAAGAAACAGUGCGAUGUGAUGGUAGAAAUGUAUGAGGAUGCUAUUGAGGACUGGUAUAGAAAUCACCAGGAGGAAGACCUCACCAUAUUCCUCUGUGAACGGCAUGUGCUAAAGCCCCACGAAACAGAAUGUUUGAAGGAACAAUGGUCGGGUCAGAAGGGAGACCCUGCAGCAAUCAAUAUGGACAAGAAGAAAAGAAAGAGAAAGAAAGAUAAAGGCAAAGAAGAUGAUAAAAAGAAAGGGAAGAAAGGAAAGAAGAAAAAGAGACUAGAAGAAGGUGAGAGUGAACAAGACGAGGAUAAAGAGAUGUCAUCAGACAAUGAGCAAACACGGCCUCCUUCCCACAGACCUGAUGAACUGUAAAGACCACAGGACUUGGACGUUCAGGAGUAUAUUAAAAAGCUUCAUUGGUUUAAAAAAAACAUUGACUUGAACAGUAUGGACCAUUCUCUUAAUGUGCAUUUAAAUGAAUCGGGUUCUUUGUCAACAAGUGGUCACUUUUCCAACUGUGAACUUGUUUUGUACACCAUUCUGUGCAAUAAUCCUUUAUUUUCCAUCUUUUCUCUGGUGUGGCAUGCAAAUAGAAUUGACUUUAAAUACUAUUUUGUGGCUGGAUUUGAUAUCAUUUUUGUGUGUUUUUAUUGACCCAAUUUUAGAAACCGAAUAACUGGUAUCAUCAUCACAUUUUAUUUCAUCAAUGUGGAUGCGAUUUCAUAAUUAGUUGAGUGAUUUUUAGCCUGCGGUUCUAACCCAUAAUGGGGCAUGUUAUGAUGCUGCUGUCUUUGAGUACCAAGCUUAAAGGGAAUUUUGUUCUACCACUGACUGUCAUGAGUAAAGAAUCUGGGUUAACGUCUAAAUCAAGAAGAUGGAAUCAGUUUUAUCUUUUCAACGUCAAUGGUUUCUACUGUAGGCAAACCAAAGCAAUAGACGUUCUAAAAUGUGGAAGGAAAAUGUUUUAAAGACAGUUCAAUAAGCACAUUGAAAUCUAUUUAUGUCCAGUGAACUAAUGUAAGCGAAAACAUUGUGCUUAAAUUUUCAUUUCUGGGGAAAUAUAUGAGAUAGCAGAAUCUGACUAGUUUCAGGAGAUCAGUAAAAAUGAUUGAAUCUUUGUAAUAAAGAUAGGAUUCACCAUUAAAUUGAUCAAUCAAUUCCCUUCUCAUCUUCUUGCACCACAAUAAGUUUUCACUUGCAUCACUGAAAAAAAAAUGUAAAUCCUGGAUGGGUGACAAAUGCAAAGGAUUGUUUUGUGCAUGGAAGUGACAAUUUGAAUA